AUGAUAACGAUACCGCUUUGCACGCUGUGAAAAGGUUCCGGAGAAUCAGUGGCACAUGUAACAAGUAAAGGUUUUGGCCACAAGCAGGUGUUGAUUUCUGCAAGGUAGGUGAUACCUGGAGCAUAGGCUAUUUAACAUGUCAACGGACGGUACUGAUGAUGGCGAAAACAUCCAAAUCAACUUGACGAGUCGUGAUGACAGUGAGCAGACGAGCCCUUGUGAAUCGUCGGAACAUGAAGGCACAUUCACCCUGUUCGACGCCAUGUUUUUUAUAGUUGGCAUGGCGCUGUACAUAGCGGAUUUCGUAACAGAUCUUGUUGUCGGCGUACAGUAUUUCAGACGAGGCGAUAUAUUAUGGAGUAUCAUGACGUUUGUCUUUGUGUUUGUGCCUUCGAUUAUCCUGCAGUACUUUAGCUUUCGAUGGUACAUCUUAGAUAUGAAGGAGGAAACAAAGUACGAAUCAAAAGCGUUGAAGAAGAAGCUAUGGGCGUGGUGUCAGUGGCUAGCUACGCAUGUAUUACAGCUUGGAGCGAUUAAAAGAUAUUGGCGCACAGUAAAAUAUGGCCUGCGGAGUCGUCACGAUUAUACAUACUACAAUCUGAUGAUCUUCGAGUAUCGUGAUAUCAGUAUGUUACGUCUUCAAGAAGCAUUCAUGGAAUCAGCUCCUCAGCUUGUCUUACAAGUCUACAUCAUGUUGGAGAGCAAAGAGUUCCACUGGUUGACAGGUACAAUCUUCAAGGCCCUCACAUAUUAA